GAGUUACAACUUAGAGCUCAGUGCGCGUCUGGCUGUGUGCAAGUUUGGUUGCCCGUUUUCAGCUUUUUGGACUUUUCCGUGAUGAGCUACCAGUGAAAAUUUAUAAAACUAAUCAAAAGUUCUGCAGCGAUGCCCACCACCUGUGUGUUCCAACUGGAUCGCCUGAAUCCAGUUUACAAUAGUGGCGAGUACAUUAGCGGUCGCAUACUUCUUCGUACGGAUAAAGUAAAGCGCGUUAAUGCCGUAUAUGUAACUCUGGAAGGAGAAGCCAAGGUUCAGUGGUCGAUGAGUGGCAAGAGCGAGACAGCUAAUUAUUCAGGCCACCAGCAAUAUUUACACUCCCGCACCAAUGUGUUCGACAAUUCUUUGUUCCGGGCUGGCGUACAUGUAUACGUGCUCACUCUGCGAAUUCCGCCGGAUUGCCCGAGCACCUGCAAGGGUCCUUACGGAUACAUUGCCUACAACAUUUCCCUCACCAUUGACAAGCCCUGGGGAUUCGACGAGGUCUUCAGAAAACCUAUCAAUGUAGUGCAGACCCUGGACCUUAACUACAACUCGGAAUUCGCCUUGCCAGUCAAGGACGAAAACAUCAAGUACCUCUGCCAUUGGCCGUGUAUAUCGGGCCCUAUUAGUUCGAGUCUGUCACUGCCCGCAUCUGGAUUCACGCCCCUCCAGGAAGUGCCAUAUCGGCUAGAAGUCGACAACCAGUCGCCGCAUUACGACAUAAUAGGCCUCGAGGUUUCCAUAAGGCAGCAUUUUGUAUUUCUCUCUCGAAAGCCAGUCAAACGGAACUUUUACACGAAGACAUUAGUUAAGGAAUUCAUCGGGGACCGCACGCUUCGCCUCUCUAAGCGGCUAUACGAGUCCAGUAUCUGCAUGCCCCUAGACACGCCACGCUCAACCUUGAACCCCAAUUAUAUUGUCUUCAUUCAUUACACGUUGCAGAUUAAACUUAAGACCGGUUGCUUUCAUUAUGAUACGGACCUCUCUGUACCGAUAAUAGUGGGCACUACAUCGCUGCAGCAUCUUAGGGACACUGUGCAUGUCCACCAGCCAGUGGGGAGGACUCCCACACCGGAGCGGCGGCGUCUGAUUGAACGUGUGGUGCCUCGUCAAGAACCUGUGGCUGAGGAAUCCAUCGGGGAGGACGAGGCUGGGCCAGCGGUUCGUGACAUCCGCCAAGCGAUUGAAGAUGAUGAGCCUCCUUCCUAUGACAGUUGCCUCCCCCCUUCUUUUAGUUUUGCUACUCUGGCAGGCAGUCAGCAAACCCUGGAGAGUAACCAUGUUGGAGUGUUGCAACGCAUUCAAUUGCCGAAGUUCCCCGGAUUUACUACGUUAUUAGGCACUGCUCAUCAAGGACUAGAGGACUCUGGAUUGGAUAUGCACUUGUACAGAUCCUAUGGGUCUCUUGGUACGGAUCCCACAGGAUGCAGCUUGGAAACGUUCGGAUCUAUCUGCGGCCCGCUCUCCGAAGAUGUUGAGCAGCAGGAGAAUCAGUCUGAUGAUGAAAGGAGACCCUCGGCCCAAACUUCACAGUCCCUCCAAGUUUUGUCACGUACCGCAGUGGUAGAGACUCAUGGCCUUCAGGAUGAGCACCUUUUUUAACGACGAGCACCUUUGUAUAUAAACAAAUUAACAAGACUUAGCCUUAUUAUGAUUUAGGCUGGGUAUCCGAGCCCGUCGUCUAGAUUAUAGGCAACGAAAAUUCGUUCCAUCCCUUUAGAAUCAAAUCGAACUUAUUAAGUGCUUAUUUCUUAUAUUUCUAUAUUCGUGCAUAUUUGGCCUUUAUACAUUUACUAAUUAUUCUUAGUAUUAAUUUAUGCGUUCGGGAAUGGACAAUAAAUAAAGUAUACAUAGAAGUUA